AUGUCGUCAAAGGAGCCGACGAAGGAUCAAAUGCAGGUGUUAAGGCAUGAAGCUUCAUUCAACACGGCUGACGCCAAGCCUCUCAACGUGAUUGCGGCGGUGGAAUCAGUCCUCAGUCAGACGGAGGCAACGGAGGAGACUGACAGCCUCAUUCGACACCAAGUGUCGCCCCUCCUAAUGGCCCACAGACCGCGGGAAGUGCGUUCCCAGGUCGAGCGUAAUUCGCUUAGAGAACUCAAGGCCGACAAAGACAUCGUCAUCGUGCCUGCGGACAAUGGGGUUCUAUCGUCGUUUUGGACAGAACAGUAAAAUGGUAGGGGGCGCACACCGAUCGUCCUUACGGAACUCACUCGUUCCCUUGUGCCUUACGGUCUCUCCCUCUCUCUCGAGCCCAACCAGCAGUCGCACAGCGACGCAUGAUAUACGCAGUAUGUUAUUCCCGACAAAGAAAAGGAGACUGGAAUGGCCAUUUCUGGCUUAUUAGCCGUCGUCAGCCAGUCAUACCCAACCCCGAAGUGUGGAACACCCGAGGCUCGAACUCGCGACCUGUUACGUAGAAGUCCAGACCUCUAACCACUGGGUGUUCCACAUUUCGUGGUUGGGUAUGCUGGUUGGGCUCGAGAGAGAGCCCAUAAGGCACAAGCGAACGAGUGAGUUCCUUAAGAACGAUCGGUAAGCGCCCCCCUCCCUUUGUAUAUUCCCGAUCGAAACUGACAGGGCAACGGGCUCGUGGCCCAGUGGUUAGAUGCGUGGACUUCUAACUAACAGGUCGCGAGUUCAAGUCUCGGGUGUUCCACACUUAGGGGUUGGGUAUGACUGGCUGACGACGGCUAAUAAGCCAGAAAUGGCCAUCCCAGUCUCCCUUAUCUUUGUCGGUAAUAACAUACUACAGAACAGUACCUCCAGAGGAUUAAACGUUUACUGGACGACUGGCAGUCCUAUGUCCCUUGCGCAACCACACCCGCAAAAACGCUCGCCCGAACUGUUGGCAGUGGAAAACUCGGGUUAAAUAUCGCCGGUUGACCGACUCAUGGCGAGAGCCCAGGACACGGCCCUGACCCGAUUCUGUGGCCUUCCCGAGGAGCAUAAAGGGGACGUCCCCCUCCAGCUCAUCAUCUCACUCAAAGGUACUCACACUUACAGACUGUCAAAAUGGUUUCUAUUAGAAAACCUUUUGAGUAAAUCGCGAUACUGCGUACUAGGUUUACACACCCGCCAUCCGUUAAAGGCCUGUAUUCACGGUUGCAGUUACAACCGGCGUUUUGGCAGUGGUGGACUGCGCCAUACGGCAGGGUCAACGACAAGGCUUCCAGCAGAUGGCCCGUUCACCUUCUUAUCCCAAAAAAAUACGACAAGGGCUUGCUUUUAGGAUUGUUUCUGCCGGGUGACCUACACGACGAACGCGCCCGUUAACAGAUUGUGAUGCAAAUAAAAGUUAAAUGGCCACGUGGACUGGACCAGGGCCCGGCCCCUAAGAUGUCAGUUAAACCAUAGAUGGUCGUCUCAGCCCUCUUUAAACUGAUUGGUUAUGCAUAUUUUUAUGGAUUGUUCAUGGCUAUGAGACUGCCUGAGGGAGCUUCAGAUAGGUGGUCCAGGGCGAAAUACAACCUCCAUAUUCCACUCUGCAAUUAUGACAGACCAAUGCAUUUUACCCUCACCCAAUUUGAAUCCCAUUUUCGCCUUUGAAGUUGUGAACGUAAAAAUUGAGAUGAUGCCUGGAUCAGGUAGCAGGAUAGUUCAUGUGAUUCGGAUGACUGGCACAGCUUAUCUGUCUAAUCUAGACUGUGACUGUCCGACUUCAAGAGCAACAAAUAAAUACAAAAAUCUUCUUUCAAUCUUUUAAAGUUCUUGAGCCUUUACGUCGCGGAAAACCUGUGAAAGCGUAGCUGUAGUCUAACAGUCAACAUCACAUUGCAUGACGGCGCGCCUUGAUAAACCCUGUAUUAAUGAUUUUGCGUACUGUCUGGACGACCGCUGGUGUGUGCGUCCCCAUUUCUGUCGUUGGCACUAAAGCUGCUAAUUUGGUAAUCCGCCAAACCUCUGCACUUAAGGCCUGGAUUUUUUCCUAAUAGAUUUCAACGGCAAGUUAACAACCUGGAAAUUACAUUUUCUCCAGUUAGCUUCGGGGCCUUCCACUCCAACAUUCCCCCUUCGCGUAAAUACGACAAAACCUUCAGCAAUCUCCGAGGAUACAGCAGACUCUCCAAACUUAAGGCACUUUUCAUAAUCGUAAAAAAUAAAUAUCGGACUAUAGCUUAAUGGUGACAUCUGCCCUUAUGUACAAAGCUUCAUCUUUCGGAGAGUCCAUUGGGGAGUUAUUUGUGAGAUACCGCAUACUUGCUACUUAAAUGAAUGUAGUAGCUAGAGUAUAGUAUAUUUUGUGCGAAGGCAUAGCCUCGGGAUGCAGUUCAUUCACGAAUAUACACUUUCCGACUAUAAAUGCUAGGCUUUUCACCUAAUAUGGUAGUCACUUAUCCUACCCUUGCUAUUUAAAUAGUUUACAUUUCACUGCGUAUGAAGUGGUGGAAUUUCGUUUCGGAACCGCUGGUGACUAAGGCCGGAACAUAUUUAUGCUAACUAAUGUUCAUCUGAAAGAUGAGAUUUUACGGGUAUGGUGCAUGCGAACUGUCCUACAGUCAGUUAGGCAGGUAAAAAAGGAAGUAAGGAUUUUUUCCGUAUUAAUCUAGAGUGUGGGGCCGGAGUCCAAUGACAGAGCAUUUGGCUACAGGUAGGCUUAAAUCUGAAGAAGAAGAAGAAGAAGAAGAAGAAGAAGAAGAAGAAGAAGAAGAAGAAGAAGAAGAAGGCUAACAUCAAUCGUCAUGAUGGCAGUUUGCCUGAGCGUUAA